AUGACGACGUCAACCAUUCACCAUGGAAGUCAUCACGGAGCUUCAAAAGAUAUAGUGGAAACACAUGCACCACUUAUAAGCUUUUGCAGCCAGCUCCUCCAAAAAACUUCAGAUUCUUCAGCCUGUCAUCCUGCACCGUCCCUAGAAUUGUUAAAGCCACAUCAGGAUCUCGUCUACGCAUCUUUGAGUGAGAUUGAAAGUGUAUUUGUCUUCUUACCAGUUACCACUGCAUGGAUGGGCCAAAAAGCAGCAAAUUUAGCAAGAAAAGCAUGCCAUGACAAGACUAGUUCUGAGUCCUUGGAAUGGAAUGAUGAACCGACAGAAGAACAAGGGGGAACUGAAUCACUUCCUGUGGUGAUUGAUGAUACAUGUGCAAAUCAAGAAAAGAAAGAGGAAAAUUCAGUUGUUGGUAUUGAAGAAAAUGAGUGGGAUAAGCUUCUGCGAGUGAGGUCAGGUAUAACCAAGUUCAAUUGCUGUACAAAACCAUGUAGAAGCUGGCAACUCAUGCACACCUGA